GGUUGAUAAUGGUGGUUGGGGCUUUGUUAAGAGCCAGGGUUGCUGCUGUGCUUUGCAGUCUGAGGCUGCUGGGCGUCUAACGCGCAGGGAGGUCGCUUUCUUUGCUCCCCGGCCCCGGGGGCAACAACAACAACAACAACAACGAUAACAUGAACACUCCUCACUAUUGUUUGGACCACGGUUUACGUGCCUGCAUUUGUAAAUCUGCAGUGGCGAGUGCGCAGGCAAUAGGUGCUGGGGCGUCCUUUGUAACGCUAGGAGCUGUGCUUCCUUUUAUCUGAAACAGACGAGGAAAACCGGCAGCAUCGCGGGGAAAGAGGAAGCCUGAGAAGGCCUUGAUGCACAAAAAAGCCUGAUUGUCUUGGCACCCUGGAGAAUCGACAGAAAAUGCAAAACAGUGAAGUGAUAAAGCCUGCCAAAUACUUCUCUGAAGUAGAGAAAAGUGUGCUCCUUGCACUAGUUGAGAAGUACAAAUAUGUACUCGAGUGUAAGAAAAGUGACGCCAGGACUAUUGCGCUGAAACAACGGACCUGGCAGGCACUUGCUCAUGAGUAUAAUUCUCAACCAAGUGUAUCCCUCCGAGACUUCAAGCAGCUAAAGAAAUGCUGGGAGAACAUCAAGGCACGGACCAAGAAAAUAAUGGCACAUGAAAGACGAGACAAGGUAAAAAGGUGUAUUAGUCCACUUAUAAGUAAUCACAUCCUAGGAAAAGAGAAGAUCACCAGCAUGGUACCUGAGCAAGUGUACUUUUUGCAGAGUCCACCGGAAGAAGAUUCUGAAUAUCAGCCCGAAGCUUCCAGCCAAGAACCUUUCACUGUUAUAAAUAGAGAACUCUGUGAUGAAGAUAAAGAACUCGUACAUUUCCAGGUAUGCGAAGGUACCUCACAAUCUGAGCCCUCCUGUUCGGCAGUCAGAAUAACUGGCAAUAAAAACUUCAGAAGUAAGGCUGCCCAAGAGAGCGAUCUGAAAAAGAUGCACGAGGAAGAACACCAUCAGCAAAUGUCUAUCUUGCAGCUGCAGCUGAUCCAGAUGAAUGAAGUCCACGUGGCAAAGAUCCAGCAGAUCGAGAGGGAAUGUGAGAUGGCCGAAGAGGAACACAGAAUCAAGAUGGAGGUGCUCAACAAAAAAAAAAUGUACUGGGAGAGGAAACUCCAAACCGUUACAAAAGAGUGGCCUGUUUCGUCUUUUAACAGACCAUUCCCCAAUUCUCCCUAGAAAAUGCAGUAGCAAGCAGUAAAUUGGACCUAAGUCACUGGUGUAUUAGAAGGUGAUGGUGGGGGUGGGGGGAGAUUUAAAAUUAAAUAUUUUUAGUGUGAGAGAAUGGCAGCCCAGUUGGCUGUGAACAAACAUUAAGGAAGACCUAAAAAAAAUAAUUUGGUGUCUAACUUAAAACAAAACAAUAUCUCACUUUCCUUCAGGCAGAUGGUAUUUCAGCUUCUGAUCGGACAGUCACAUACACACAACAAGACUUUUUCAAAGUCUAUUGGUCUUUUCUCUGGUGGCCGUGGCUGUUCUACAAAGUUCUUUCAUGAGAUUGGGAAUUUUAUGUAUUUUAUUUUCUGGUUGAAAUUUCAGUUUGUUUUGAAGAAACAGGAAAACAUCUUUGGGUUAAAAAGUGACGUUGGGUUUCUCUCUCUAAACUUAGAGAGAGAGCGGGGGGGCUGCUAGCAGUUGUGCAGUGACCCAGCUGUGUCAUUCAGCAAGAGUGAAAAGAAGGGAGAAACGAAUUCUCAGGAUGCUGAACUUUUUAUUGUAGGUUGUAAAGCCCAACGCGUUUAACAAUCAGAGAAAGACAUUCUGUUGAUAAGAUCUUUGCAGACAUCUUCCUACGACCCCCUGAAGAAGGCCUUGAAAAGGUACAGGCCGAAACACGUCGGGCUUUACAGCCUACAAUAAAAAAGUUCAGCAUCCUGAGAAUUCGUUUCUCCCUUCUUUUCACUUCAUUGGAUGCUUUUCUCCCCCUGCUUUUGCUUUCCUUCAGCAAGAAGAAAUAUAUCCUUGCCUGGUUUUCCCUUUGGAACAGUUAGUGUCAGGUGGGGGAAACAGCAGUAUCCCAGCAGUUACUGUGUAAGGAGAGGGAAUACAAAGCUUUCAACCAACUGGCUGGUUGGCUCUUUGUUUGGCCACAGUUGCUGGGUAUGAGGGAAGUGUGUCCUCCUCGCUCCUCCACCUCCCCAACAUUACCACUUAGGCAUGACCAGCCUGGCAGCUACAGAAUUGAGACAAAAAACCAAUUUUUCCGGCAUCUUGCCUACAGCAGAGAAAGACAUCUGUUUGUAUGUCUUAUAGCCUGGUCCUAUGCAUGUUUAGUCCAAAGUAAGUGCACACAGAAUUGCAGUCUUAAUGUGGUAAUUGGCACAGGACCUUCUAGUUUGAUUCAAUUCUGGUUGUUCAACUUCACUUCAUGUCAGUAUCUGGUGCAAGUCAGGUCCUGUUGUUUGCGUAAGUGGGUGGGCCUCUUCAUGCUGCCCAUGUCUCUUAGUCCCUGUCCAUAAAUGCCAGAUCUCUAAAGUGAGGCAGGGAGGGGCUGAGUGAAUAAGCACAAACCAAAAUAUACAGGGUUAAAAUGCAAUUUUACUAUGUAACUUAAGAGUUGUUUAAUGCAUUACAUUUUUACAUGUAUAUGUCUGUGUGUAAAAACAUAAUGAGCACACAUGGCGAAUACAGGUUCAGCUGGGGUUGGCUAUGGCUCCCUGCUGCCACAUGUCCACAUACAUGUGCCCAUAUGUACACAGGCUUACAGCCACAUAAUGUGUGAAUCAGCCCUUGGAGAGCAUUCACCUCUGAAUACAGGUGUGUCGCAACUAUCCCAACAUCCUGUAGUCGCCACUUUCAACUCUUCCAUCUGGAUAGUUCAAGAGUGAUGUAUGAGUAUGGCUUUUCCCUCCAAUCUUUCAGUCCAGAUCAGUGGGUAGAGUGUGGAUUUUUAAGGAGCAUUGGUGAUUGUGAGCUCAGAUUAAUUCAGAGUAAUUACCACCUGGGUUUUGGCAAUACACAAAUCCACUGCACAGAAUUGGCAAAUGUACUUGCUCUAUGGUCUGUUGUCAGGCUAGUGUGAAGAAAUGCAUAUUUGUGGGAAGAGCUGGAGAUCCACCAUCCAUGGGUACAGAUCUCUUGACCUGAAGACCUUACUGUGCCUCACUCCCCUCCAACAGGAUCAAGCCCCAAGAAAACAGGACUGAGUCAAAUCAGGUUUUCUUUUUUAGUUCAUUCCAUUGACCAUAGUGGAAACGCUUAAAAUAAGCCAGGUACAAACAGCUGUUCAUUCUAACAUUUAUAAUGGGAGGAAAGUAAACAAGACUGAUGUAUUAUUUUAGUAGUGGAUCUGUUCAUUACAACUUACUAUUAGACAAUUCUGUUCAAUCUAUUUAAACAUCUAAUCCAUAUCUAAAUUGUACACCGGUUGACAACUAAGGGUGCAAUCCUAUGCAUGUUUAGACAGAGAAGAUUUCCUACAACUCCCAUCAUGCCCCAGCCAGCUAUGUUGUAGGACUUUGUGUCUAAAUAUGCAUAGGAUUGCAUCCCAACUGAUUUCCAGAUUUAAAGAAGUGUACCAGACAGUUGGAGGAAGAAAAUGGGAAAAUAACUACAGAGAAGUGUAGUUAUACAUGUGAGAUUUUCACAAUUUAUAAUUGAGUUUAUAACAUUUAUCUUCUUCCAAAGAAAAGGUCAUGCAAGUUUAAAGGCCAAUGCAUGUUCUUCAUUAGUUCUGAGUGAGUGGGUAAUGAUCACAGCUAGAUAAUACUUUACACGUAGUUACAUAGAAAAGUGCCUGGUGGACCACAGUUAAAAGCCAAUUCGUGUAGCGUUUUAAGUGACCAACAUUGAAUUCAGAAAAGUACAAAAAUAAAUGGUGCAGAUUCCAAACUAAUCCUAGAGAGAAUGGGGGAGCAGUUGCAACCUUGGGCUUCAGGAAAACAUGAAUUGAUUUUGAAAAAAAGCAAGAUGUCGGAGAAGGCUGUUAGGCUACAUUUCAUUGGCCUGAUCAUUUUAGAAUCAAUGGUACCUGAUGGAGUUAUCUGACACAAAGAAAAUUGGGGCUCCUAUUGAAGAAGGAAUUUCAGCAUGUGCAUGUGAUCCCACCUAUGCAUGACAAGUUGCAUCUGCUAAACUUCCCUCUUCUGUGCAACUAGUAAAUGUAUAGAGCCCUAUUUCUUUCACAUCUGGGCAGCCUAGUAUACAGGCGACUAGAUCACAAAGAACCCUAUUACAAAUUCUUCUGGAGUGUGACUGGCCUAUGUGUCUUUGUCAAACCAAUAUAUUGCAGUGCCACUGCUACUAUCAGUUUAAACUUAAAUGCGUCUUAAAUUCUGAUCUUCUAGGUCUGCCAGGUGGUGCUUAUGCAUUUUAAUUCCCCAUCGCAGCAGAAGACAAAAUAACCACUGCUUUCUCCUACCUCUUCCUACCAUGGCAC